ACGGCCUUUGUCGUCAUCGUCGAAUAUUUUAACACAAACAACCUAAGUUAAUAACUAUACAAUAGUGUGAAAUCUAUAAUAGAUAAGCAGUAUUUGUGUAGAGAGAGGACAAGACCCGACCCAUCAUCAAUAACGUCGACGACGGCAACAUAAACUCGUCGCUGCCGCCGGAUGUGGUAUAGCAGAAUAAUAGCAGAAGUGAAGUAACACUGAAGAGGAGGAGGAGGAGGAGGAGAGUAAUUAAAUAAAGAGCAGCAAACGAGCGAAAAAGAGCAUUAAUGUUAGACAUCUCGACAGAUCCCGAGGAAAUAAGUUACGGAGCAUCACCGGCACGUCGCGAUUCGGGUGUGCUAUCCUUUUCGGAGCAGGUCUCCAAAGGGAUCGUUUCUCUGUCGCCCCACGCUUCACAGGGUUAGUAUUACAGGUGAUUCCCAAGAGAUUGGAGUGUAUCUGAUGCACUCCUCAGUUACCUUACAGUGUGUAGUAAGAUGGCUGUACAGGUGGAUGGUGGAGGGAAGGAUGAUUUGAAAACACAGUUUAUCACAAGGGAGGGCACUUACAAGCUCAUGACCCUGUCGGAGUACUCAAGGCCAAAUAGGGUAGGAUAUACCAACAGCCAGGGAAGCGCCUCCGUCAGGGUUUCUUUCGUCACGCUUCCCGAUUCUGCUGAUCCCACUGGUACCCAGGGAUUUGGCGACCGAAUGUGUUUCAAUUUUGGCAAAGAACUUUAUGUUUACGUCUAUAGGGGAGUUAAAAAGGCUGUGGAUUUAAACAAACCAGUGGAUAAAAAAUUAUACAAGGGAUGUAAUCCUACAUGUCAUAAUUUUAAUCAAACCACAGCAACUGCCGAAAGUGUACAAUUAUUAGUUGGAUUUUCAACUGGACUAAUACAGUUGAUAGAUCCCAUUAAAAAAGAAUGCGGUAAAUUGUAUAAUGAAGAGAGGCUAAUCGACAAAACGAAAGUAACUUGUAUAAAGUGGGUCCCAGGCUCGAGCAAUUUGUUUUUAGUAUCUCACAGCUCGGGACAGUUGUAUCUUUAUAAUGAAGAGCUCAUGUGUGGCACAACGCCGCCGCACUAUCAGCCGUUCAAGUCCGGGGAUAGUUACGCAAUACACACCUGCAAAACCAAAUCCACGAGGAAUCCGCUGUACCGGUGGGUGAUAGGAGCAGAAGGCUGCUGUAUAAAUGAAUUCGCUUUUAGUCCGGAUGGCUCGAACCUGGCGGUCGUCUCGCAAGACGGAUUCCUACGAGUAUUUCAUUACGACACAAUGGAACUGGCGGGUUUAGCGCGUAGCUACUUUGGUGGUUUCCUGUGCGUUUGCUGGUCACCCGACGGCAGGUACGUUGUCGUGGGCGGUGAGGAUGAUCUCGUGACAAUCUGGAGCUAUCACGAAAAACGAGUGGUUGCCCGAGGCCAAGGCCAUCACAGCUGGGUGAGCGUCGUCGCCUUCGAUCCAUACACCACAUCCUAUAGCGAGCACGAUCCCGACUUCAGCGGCUCCGACGACGAAAUGUCCUUGCCGCACAACCACAAUCACAUACACGAGAGGCCCAAGAGGUUGUCGAUGACCUCGCACUCGAAUCGCAAUUCCUGCAGCUCGGAGUUAAGGGUGUCCGGCGGCACGUGCUACAGGCUAGGCAGCGUCUCGCAGGACACCCAACUUUGUCUGUGGGACAUUACGGAAGAUGUGCUGCGGCAACCCGUGUGCCCAAAGAGCCGAGCUUCGGUGUCGGCGGCUGGUUCGGGCGUGUUUAGUUCGUCGGGGACGUUUAGUAGCGGUAACGGUGCCAUGUCCAAUCACCACAUUGGCAACAGCAAGCAUGCCAAUUCGAACAACAUCGGUUUAAAGGAAAACUCGAACAGCGGCAACGGUGGAGGUAAUAACGAAAGUGGUGCCGGCAGCAAUAGUUCGAGCGCUACUGUUUCGACGGUAAAUUCGCUGACCCAGAGGCUAGCUGGCGGUCUUGGUUUUGGCGAGCGCAAGGGCGAAAACCACAAGAGGAACUUCAGCCUGACGAUACGAAGCAGUGGAACGGUGGGUGGUGGUGGUGGUGGUAAUAGCGGUAACGGUGGUAACAACAACACGAGUAACGCCGUACAAAACAGUGUUAUGGACAAAAGUAACAUGGGAAGUAGUAGUACGAACGGGAGUAACUUGAACAGUGUCGGUGGUAGUUUAAGCUCAAGUAAAAAAGUUGGUUCUGUAUUGGACGAUCCGAUGAAGCUGAUAGGGACGGCCUGGUGUCCUAGGUUCGACGAGUGUCCGGUGUUGGAACCACUAGUGUGCAAAAAGCUUGCCCACGAAAGACUGACUGAAUUAGUGUUUAGGGAAGAUUGCUUUGUUACAGCGUGUCAGGAUGGAUACGUGUAUACUUGGGCGCGACCCGGACACAUGCCCGGGAUGAACCAAGUCGGUACUACCCUCCGCGUUGUAAGUCCGGCCGAGAGCAGUAGCACCAUAGUAUAGCGGCGAUCCUCCAGCUCCUCGACUUUGGUGCACUAGCGUGCGUCUCAUCAUCACCAAUCGUUAUUUGUACCAUUUAAAAAAAAAACACAUACAAAUGCAAAAUAUAAAAUUGAGUUUGGGGGGGAAUUCGUUUCACUAGAGACACAGAUGUUGUUAAAAAAAAAAAAAAAAUUAAAUAAUAAAAUAACGGAUGACGACAACGAUAAAGAGGUCGAUCGUCCUAUCGAGACUGAUCAAACACUGGGGUAGAACUACGAUGUUGAGAUUUAUUCUAAAUGCUUUUAUAUCGAGUCAUCGAAGGAAAUAAUAAGUGAAACAUAAAAAAAAAAAAUGGUAUUUCUCAAUUUUAUGUAAAAGUGCGAAUGGCUCAGUGACGAGAUUUACAGUAAUACAAACGAAAAAGAAAAACUAUUCCAAGGAGAUUAUUUGUUCUUCUAAUGCGAUUAUGUCAUUCCAAUAAAGUUUAUGCUGAGUAAAUUAUAAUCAUUUCAAACUAAUAAUUUCC